AUGGCCUGCAUCCUGGCCUUAAGGGUGUGUUUGGCUGUUUCAGAUAGUCAUGAUGAAGGAGUUUUAUUGUCAUCACUUUCAAGUAUUAAAAAUCAAUUGAAGCAAGGCUUCAAAUACUUUUCUCAGAAUAAUGAUGCUGAUACCAUUUCGAAAGAAAAUGUUCGACGCUUUGUUAAAAGAAUUGCUGCAUACUUGAACCUUUCGGAAUUCCUAAGUCGUGAGAUUUUGGUGCACUUCCUUGCCAAUCAGGAUAUUCCAGAAGAUCAAAUAGAUUUAUUUAUAACAGGUAGACAUGUAAAUCGUCUACUGGAAGAUAUUCGACAGUACUAUUGGAAGGAACGUUUGAGUCUUUUGAGGCUUUUAAAACUAUGCUUAUGUCAGUGGCACAGUUCUUGGUCUCUGACAUCUGAUGUUCUUUUCGCAAUGACAUCAUAUAACAGUCGGAAAGACUUGAUUAUUGAAGCUUUAUCUGAGUACUUGAAUGAACACUACAGUACGGUUUCUUUAAUAACAAGUUGGCCAUAUACAACUUAUAGUUUGGCUUUAGAUAAUAGUGUUAAAGGAGCCGAAGAAUAUGACCAGUUCAACAUCAUUGUUGAGCAAAGACUUAAAGAAUUAGUAGAGCUUCUCGAACUUAUUCUUCUAGGUAUUCAUGGUGUACAUUUUUCUGCCACAUCAGAAAAUCCUUCUCUUUUGUUCACAAAAAUAUUAGAGACCUUCUGGUCUGUUUCUUUUGGAUCUUCCUUCUGGAAUCUGAAGACACAUCGAAUGCUGGUGGAACAAGUUUGGUUGACUCAAACAUUUAUUCUAAUUCGAGCUGCCAAUUUGGACUCACUGGCUUUAUAUUCGGAUAAGUUAUCUUAUCAUCCCACCACACUCUCACAGAAAUCGAAAAAGGAGAGCAUUGUUCACACACCUAAACGAAAAUCGACCACGGAAAACACUUCAGUUAAAAAGGUUGAAGUUGUGACUAGUGAGAGUACUUCCUCUGCAAAAGACAGCGCACCCACCCAUUUUCUCUAUGAUUCCUGUUUGUUAAACAGACUGUUGGCUAGUUUAUCGAAUCUUGGUGAGCACCAAGUACAUGGACCAUUUUUAUUGUUUGGUGCUGUAUGCGCAGCUGUGUUUGGUUAUUCAGAACCACAUUCCCGUAAUAAACCAAAUCAGAGUUCUGAUUCAACGUACGAACCUUUUGAUCAUAAGGAGUUACGCAUCACCAAUGAUUUGUUGUCUAUUUCAAAUCAUUGUGCUCAACUGGCAAUUAAAAAUCUUGAUGUAUUUCACUUUUUAACUGGAAAGCUGGAUCAGAUUGGUUGCCAACCACCUCAGGUGUUGCCAUUGGAUUCCGGUGUUUCUGUCCAUUAUGAUGACCGCAGUCAUAGUCUUGUCAGCUUGAGUGCCUACAGUGCAGUCUUUGAUCUGAUUACACUUCUUGCACGUGAUAUUACCUUGUGGUCAUUGGAUAACGGUCGCCCUCCCAGUGUUCAUUUGUUUGACUCUUUCGACUAUCCGAAUAGAGAUUCAUUCCUUACUUUGUUCUCACGAACUUUAAGAGUUGUUGUGUCCAAUGCUCACUAUGCUUGUUACUCACCAUCAAAAGAGGGUCCGAAAAUUAGUGCUGAUAUAAAUACUGCAGUGGAUAGUGGUCCAAGAAUCGGUUGCCGUAUUUUCGGACUCAUUGAGUCGCUUAUGGAAAGUUUCCCAUUCGAUCUCAGUGUACUGCGUAUUUAUACAAGCUUGCUUUCUCACUCAAAUUACGCUAAAACUAAAUCAGGAGGUAGUGACUUAAUAAAUCAUGUCAAAGAUCUAACAAACCAUGUUCCAUAUCUUGCUGAACCUCUCACUGAAGCAUUAAUAAAGCAAAUAACUCCCCGUGGUGCUUCACUAUAUCCACAACUUACAAGUAAUGUUGAAGAGAAAUCAAGUAUUCAAGUUGUCUUAGACAAACCUCGAGCAGUGAUGAAUAUCAGUCCAAAGACAAGUUUAGCACCAUCUAAUUUAUCUGAAAAAUUUAAUAUCUUCUGCGGAGUGCAUUUAACAUCUGGAACACAUGGCUAUGUUAAUCAAGAUUUGGGUCUCGUUGUAUGGCGUGUUGAAUAUCCUCUUUGGCAUAUAAUUGGAAGUGAAAUUUACGCAACUGAGUCGGCAUUCACUGAUUUUGAUAAAAGCAUCAACUCAUCUCCACAAAAAUAUGAGUCUCACAUACCAAUUAAUGCCAGUCAAAAUGCAUGUAAAUCACUUCAAAUUCAAGCUGAAUACUAUGUUAAAUUUUAUGUCAGAUUAACAAGGAUGGUGGAACUUGUGAAUUUUAUAUCUGCUUGUCUCCAGUGUGAUAUGCAUAUCACUCCCUGUUUAAUAUCGCUUGAAUAUAUAUGGGUGAUAAUUAUGCGUUAUUUAAAUGUUGUUCCGUCAAGUAAAGUCAGUGUUAUCAUCCAGUAUUUAAUCAACACAUCAACAUUUGUCAAAACACAUCAAAAGGUAUUUGCAAGCAAGAUGUGUUCAAAUGGACCUAAUGUUAAUUGUAAUCCAAUUGAUGAUUUGAUUACCACUUCUUUGUUGCCAAGUUUACUUCGUCUAUUUGGACAUUCUUUGUUAAAUUUGCCUACAUUAAAUUCAAAACAGUCGAUUAUCGGGACUAUUAAUCUACUAACAAAUGUAUUAAGUAGUAGUGUUAAUCUUAUGCCGCGUAUGAUUAUUAAUCAAACUAAUAAAAGCCAAUCAUUCACUUUCGGUCUUACUUCAUGCUAUCUGCUAAACAACAUUCUUGGUUAUCAUUCCUCUGAACCGAUUUAUUCUUAUAAUCUUCAUAAAUUAUCUCCUUUGUGUAUUCGUCCAGUCGACUACAAUCUACUCAUUUCAUAUAUUAAUUUUAUAUCAGGAUUAUUCAUUUUUGUUCGAUGGGAAUAUACUAAUUCAAAGUUUAUUAUUGAAAAUGUAAAAACUGAUUAUCUUCCAUUGUAUAUUGAAUGCUCUGAAUUAAUUCAUGGAUGUCUUGUAUUCAUAAUCCAGUGUUUAAUGACAACAGGUUUGCAAGUUGAUUAUCGUCUCAAAAGUGUAAAUCAUGGUGCAUCAGUUAUAACUAAUCCGCCCAGGGUAGAUUUUUACCAAUUAGCUAAUCUAGCCGAACAUUGUUUCAUACUGUUGACUGAUGUAUUGACAACAUAUAUAUCAGACGAGGAUGUGCAAAUUUUACAAAUGAGUUUAAAACAUUUUAAACAAGGGGCUUCUACAUCAUCGUCGUAUUUAUGCCCUAAAUUUAUUUUUGAAGAAAAACAUUGGACUGUAGCUCAUCAGUUUAUUGCUUUACACUUAUUAUUCAGUGAUGCACGUCCACUUACAUCUCUUAUUGGAUUUUCUUCAAUCCAUUUGAGCGUAUUAUUACGACAAACAGAAGCGACUGAAAAUGGCUUUCCAAUGUCCGUUUAUCCCAGUGGUUCCGAUCUUUCUGAUACAAGAGGUAUUGACUCACCGGUUAUAAGAGCUGUGUGGCUAGCUCUUACUUUGAUUCAUCACUUACUCGGUCUGGAGAAUAAAUUAAUAGGUGAACCAGAAAAUUCAAAUUCAAGUAUUUCAUUGCUAAAAAGUAUUCAGUCAUACCAUGAUCCGCUUACCAAUGAUCCUUACAUAACUACACUAUUCUCUUACCUUCGAUAUCCAUACAGUUCUGGAAUAUCUCGCUUAGUUGUUGCAGUGCUCAAGUGGAUAGUACAAUAUUCAUCCGUGGAACUUACAAAUUAUUUGGGCGAUCAGGCAAAUCAGAUACGCACUUCUUGCCUGAAGCGAUUAACAUCAACUACAGAAGAUCAGUUGACACGUAUUGGUCUGUAUGAUUUAUUGUCAGAAGAAGUAUUAAAUAGUGGGAAGAUUGCAACUGCUAAUUUUCGAUUAAUGCCAACUGGAAUUUUAAGCUUACUACUCACUAUCAAUUUGAAUAAUAUUAAUGCUCCAGACAUCAAAUUCAAUAUUCUAACUACUAGUUCAAAAGAAACUACGGAAACUGAUUGUUUGGAUUGUACACUAGAUACACUGAAAGAACUACAGACUACAUUUACUCAAAAACUAAGAAGUGAUGAUCGAUUGUCAUCUGUGUUAUACUGGAGUGUAACAAAGUUUGUUUCAUCUCUUUAUCUCGUAGACAUACAGUCUUGUAUUGCGCGCUUGCAAAAACAGUCUGACUUCUGGAAGAUACUGACUGACCCUUUGUUCACUAUUUUGAAGUUACAGGAGUCAGAAAAGGCGGAACCAUUGUCAGAUAUUGAAAAUGAACUCUGUGGAAAUGUUAUCAGUGUAUUGGCUUUAGAACUCUACAAUAAAUCAAGUUCUACACCGGAGGAUAAAAGCUUCGAAUGUUUGACGUCAGUUUUGAAUUAUAUGACAAAGAAUAAUUUAUAUCAGAAAUGGUUUAAGCUAACUCUUAAUUGCUUAAACAAUAUACUAUCAUCUAGUAAAUCCAAGUCGAUGCCUGUGGACCGUGUCCACUCCCGAUUAACAUCUUUACACAAUGUCAUUUGUCGUUGGAAAUGUUUAUUAAUGUUAAACUAUAAUGCCAGAGAACAGCCUGCCACUGAUUCCACGGAAACAGAUAAACGAAAGAAGCAAACAAACUAUGAUUUCGCGUCGAUAGCUGUAUCUAUUUUAAGUGAUUUGAUUGAGUGUUUCACUCCACUGAGAGAUCUACCGUAUGUUCAGUCGACAUUGGAUUUAGGCAAUCAGUUGGCGACUACACUCACUACAACGCUAACUUAUAUAUAUAAAGCAUAUAAUAGUAAACGCAACAGAAAUGAAGUGAAAAAUGAAUUGUCAACUGAUGACUUAUUUAGUUAUUUAAACAAAUUAAAUAAUCUCUUAUCAAGUUUUCGAAUUUCUAUUGAUGCACAAAUUCAGCAUAUGCAUUCAGAUUUACUAGCAAGUGUUUAUUUAUUACUUGAAUUGUAUAAAUUAAAAACUUUGGAUGCUAAAGCCACCAAUAAUGAAGACAUGGUUUCACUUCAAUCUUCUCUGUUCAGUAAUGCAGUUUACUAUUUAAGCAUAAUGACACGUAAUCCUAAUAGAAGUAAACCUGAGGAAUCAGCUAUAUUGCAGUCUAUCAAUCUGAUCAUCCUACUGUGGGAUGAGUGUCGAUGCCCAACACUAUUUACAUGUCUUACGGAAACUGGAGUUUUGAAUAAUAUUUUUAUUAUGCUUACAGAAUGUACAAAGGUCAAAGAAAAUGCAGUACUCUGUCACAGUUUAAUUAGUUUACUUGUUAAAUUAGUAACGAGUUCAUGUCAUCCAGCAAAUGACACUAUUGUAUCAACAAAUAAAUCACUUCAAAUCCCCUCCCCCGAUACAGUGACAACAGCUGAUCUAGAUGAAAAUUCUAAAGAAUAUGCUAAAGAAUCAAAUGAUGUAAUCUUUGUUCACCAGAAAAAUACAAUAGCUCAGUUGAUUGUAUCCUAUCAUGAAUACAUUUCAGAGGCAUUUUAUUGGCCUGAGUUGGAUGUCUUACUCCAAUGGGUACAAGAUAGUGAAGAGAAUUUUAAGAUACAAGACGAUUCAUUCAUUAAUGACGGGGAAGAACAUCAUCUAGCUACUUGGUAUAUUCAACAUGAUUGGUUCGCUGUUUAUAUGUUAGAGAUACAACUUCUAUGCUUACUUCAUGAUACACUCGGCGGUAUGAAACAUCCUUUAGUAUCUUCAAUAAUACAAAAUUUUUGUACUGAUAAUGCUAGUCAAUUAAAAUAUCUAAUAAGUUACUGGUGUUCACCAUUGUAUACAACAUCUGUAUAUGAUCAGAGUUUUAUGUCUUCCUUACCAGUGACCAGCGUAUUAAUUCAACAGGGUAUUUUAUCAAAUCGCCGUAUUCAAAUAGCAGACAUAAUAUUACAGUUAUACUGGCGUCUUCUAGUUGCUUCAGAGCGUAUACCUGCAUCGGGUCUGCCGAUUAUAGCAUCAACUAUUCUAUAUCCAAAUCAACGUCGAAUAGAAAAUAAUCGAGAGUUACCCAGACAACGGCCAUCUUAUGGACCAACUGUGCAUUCAGAGCUUUUCAAUUCAAUAUUCAAUCUGGUACAAUGUCAAAUACAUUGUUGUUCAGUAUUAUUUCAACGUCAUGGAUUUGAACCUUUGAAAAAUAUCCCAAAUACUUUAUUACACACGAUGGCAACUAAGUUUGGUACUAAUAAUCAGCCAACAUCAAUUUCAUCUGCACAUUCGUUUCUUUUGCCUAAAUCACCAGCAGCAAGCAAGCCAACUGAUGUAUCAAGUCCAUAUGCUACCAGUUCAUCAGUGUCGAUUGAUCCUAGUAAUUCGCAAACUAGUGGACUGGAACUUCUUUGUCUCGUACGACAUCUUGUCACUUCACUUAGUGUAUUAAUGGUACAAUUGCCGAUUCUCAGCAAUACUGCUUUCAUGACAUCUGAAGAAUUGAAACAUUUAAAUGUACCAGUUGAUUUCAUUUUCAAAACUCCAAAUUUUGGUGACAAUUCAAGAGGAUUAACGUUUGGUGUUUUAAUCACACUAGUUAAUUCAUUAUAUGGUUUAUCUUCAAAAUUAGCUAGCUUAUGGAAGUUAGAUCAGUCUACUGAAUCUAUAACAACAACGCAGGAGAAGAAACGAGAAAUAUGCUGUUUGCUUCAACGUGCCUAUGAAAUGGUGCUUUCGAUAGUUAUGUCUCAGUCCACCAUCUUCUUGAAAAGUCCGUCUACAACACUUUAUGCCAAACAAGUCCUUAUACGAGAAUUGACUACUGAUUUGAAAACCUGUUCAUCUGCUAUUCGACGUUCAAUUAACCGGUCUUCCAGCACACAUCGCCGUUUAGGUUCAUUAUCUCCGCUUCCGGCUGUUUCUAAUUCAUCAGGGAGUUCAUCUAUUCCAGUGUCAGAUUCUUCUAAUUUUGAUAAAGCAGCCAGCCGAUUUAUAGAACUUUUACGUCUUAAUUUGUAA